GGAGGAAGCCGAUUCUCACGUCAGUCAGUCACGUCUGAAGGCGUGGCUACACGUCCUUUGUUCUGUGAUUGGGUAAAAUGUUUUAAGGGGGCGUGUGUUUAGGUGGCAGCCCCUGGCUGGGACAGGUCGUGUCUUCCUUGUAGUCGGUGGUCGGAUCAUGCUGUUUCCUGGGGGCUGAUCGUGGAGUUGUGAGAGCCCAGGGGGAAGGAGGAUCACCUGAGAUCCGGGGAUCAGUACAGGUGUGAUUAUGUGGGCUGCAUGCUGUAAUUGGUUGUGUGUAGAUACUGGCCCUGAAGAGAUCCAACAGCGUGGGAGAGCACCGGACCGCACCCAUCAGAGCGUCAGAACCUCUCCUCCGGUUGCAGAGGUCACCUGCAAAACUUGCGGUACUAGACUUCAAUCCACUACAAGGAAGACUUCAUGCAUGGAUUGCAGAAACAUCUUCUGUGGAUCAUGUCUUCAGCAACUAAAUGAUGGCCUACCUCUUUGUCAGGUGUGCCGGAGGAUACGUUCCACUUCCUUUACCCGGGAUGAGUUAUUAAAGCUAAAAGUAAAAGAUCUUCGAGACUACUUGUCCAUGAGAGAAAUACCCACUGACCUAUGCCGUGAAAAAGAAGAUUUAGUACAGCUUGUUUUGGGACUGAGACCCAUGCCCUACCCAGAUGUGACUAUUGUUCCCCCAGUUUCAUUUAGACAGAACAGCUACAGAGCAGGAAAUGGCUCAUCUCCGACACAGCUAACACAAGACAUUCCAACGACGGAUCAAAAUGUAUCCUCUAAUGCAGAUACCAGCGUACAAGAACUGAUAGAGGAUCAGCAGGAAGAUGAAACGGAGUCCAUAGAUUCAGAAGAGAUUCUGGUGCCAGGAAGAAGGGCCUCACUUUCUGACAUCAGCAACCCAGAUGACAUAGAAUCCUUGUCCGUGCGUCAGCUGAAGGAGAUUUUGGCCAGAAACUUUGUGAAUUACAAGGGCUGCUGUGAAAAAUGGGAGCUAAUGGAGCGUGUAACUCGACUGUACCAUGAACAGAAGGAUCUUAUACAAAAAGCUUCUGUGGUGGAUGAAGAAGGCAAACCCAGUGCUGUAAUUGAUGAACACCUGUGCAAGGUCUGCAUGGAUUCCCCCAUUGACUGUGUAUUGUUGGAGUGCGGCCAUAUGGUAACCUGCACAAAGUGUGGCAAACGCAUGAGUGAAUGUCCCAUCUGUCGACAAUAUGUAGUGAGAGCAGUCCACGUAUUCCGAUCUUGACCUGGUUUCUCAAUAGUGCAACAGUCUGCAUGGUUGUGAACUGGUAUGGCUAACCAAGACUAUGUAAUGAACCUACAACUGCUCUUGAAUAAUUCUUGAACCUCAUGCUAUAUGAUGUCGUCUCUAUUCACAAUUCUAUGUCUUGGCAUUGCAUAAAGUUGUUGGAACAAGAACCCCAACAGAGGCUCCCCAAUGUAGGACAAUCAACAUCUUUUGGUACAGAAAAAUACAAGAGCGUGGACUUCUGUUUGAUACCAUUUGUGCCUUUUUGCAUUGCCUUAACCAUUUUUUGCUACUAAAUGACUUUUGUUUUUAAAUCAAAAGGGUUGUUUUUUGAAGACUUGCAACUUUUAUUUGUGGAAAAAAUAAUAAUAAUUUGGAGCAAGAGUAUGUGAGGUAAUAAGUACCAAAGUUGAUAGUGGGCUCAAUUCACAAAAUGUUAUGUACCAUUUUAAGAACGGCGCUAAAAUAGCUUGUAGCGUUUUUAAAUUUUUUGUUUGCAAUGCACUAAAACUGCCUACUAAAAUACCGCAAGCGUUAUUUCUUGAAGUGAUGCGAUAUAUUAGUAGGGAAAACUUGUAUUUUAACACUGGCAAUCGCCAUCCUAAACAAGUGAAUAGCUGAUUAAGAGGCAGGCACCCACCACAUCCUUAACAACCACGAUGAUUCCCCA